AUGACCGCGUGGGAAGUGAAUGGCAAAGUCGCGCUCGUGACCGGUGCUGGAUCAGGUAUCAACCAUGCGCUAACCAGAGCCCUUCUCGAGUUGGGUUGUUCAGUCGUCAUGGCGGAUUUGAGACUACGUCCCGAGGCCGAAUACACACUCAAGAAAUACCCCCAUCCCCCAAUCAAGCCUGGCACUGCGUCGGCUAUCUUCCAUCAGACAGACCUCACCGACUGGUCUCAGAUCAACAAACUGUGGGACGCCGCACUCGAGACAUAUACGCGAGUCAAUUUGCUCAUCAACGGAGCCGGAAUCUAUGAUCCCCCAUCCAGCGACUUUUGGAACCCGCCUGGGAUCUCGCCUCUGUCCCGAGACCAAGCCGAUGCUAAAGUCGGCAUGUAUCAGGCUUACGCCAUCAAUACCAUUGCCCCUGUCAGACUUGCCCAGAUCGCCGUCGAAUACUGGCUCCGUCCCGAAAAUCGACAUCUUGCAGGCAACAUCCUCUGGGUCGCCAGUAUGGCGGGCUACGUCCAUGGUCUCCUUACACCGUUCUACUACUCGAGCAAGGCUGCCGUUGUUAGCAUGUGCAAGUCUCUUGGCUCUUUGAACAAGAUUGCCGGCAUUAGAAACGCCGCAAUCUGCCCGGGAGUAGUCGAUACCCCAAUCUUCCACGCCUCCUACAGCCGAGAGCGUGUACAUGCCGACGACUUGAUGCUAAGCGUUGACGAAGUGGUCAACGUUGCCAUAUCAGCUAUCUGUGACUCGAAAUACGGCGACGGGAACGUUGUAGAGGUGUUCUGCGGAGGAACGAAGGAGGACCAUAAGGUGUGUGUUCGGGAUGUGCCCUUGGAAAACUUGUACGACGUUCAAGGUAUGAAGGGCCUGGCAGCUGGAACGCACAUGCUUGACAAGCAGGACGAAUUCGAACAGAAGUUGAAGACGGGAGGCCUGGAAUUUUCUGCAAAGAUCUAG